AUGGCUAUCACCGAGCGGACGGUACUGCACGCCCUGCUGCUACUGCUAGCCAGGACAGCUGUCUGCUCCUGCGACCACCCGGUGUCUCCGGGGGCCGCUGUGGUCGCCGGCCUGGCCGCGGCGUGUUCGGAGGGAGUACGGCAGGCGGUUCAGCAGGAGCUCUGGACGGCGGCCAACUACACCGACUCAGAGGGACGUGCUGUGGACCUCCCGGAGGGGAUGACCGGGCUGCUGAGAGCUCUGCACGGCGGACAGUCACAGCCCCGGGAGUGUCCCUCCGGCUGGGCACGCCACGGAGACAGCUGCUACCUGAUCCCGCCGCAGAAGACCAACUGGUUCCGGGCGCAUCACGCGUGCGCCGUGCUGCACAGGGGCGCGCAGCUGGCCUCAGUCCACCCGGACUCGGGCCCGUUCCUGGAGGGUAUGGUGGCCUCCAGCGGGGCCGAGAAGGCCGUCUGGGUGGGCCUGUUCGGCUCGGGGAAGGCUGCGGGAGACUGGGUGUGGAGCGAUGGCUCACCGUUCGACUACGCUCACUGGGAUCGGAACCAGCCGGACGGCGGCGACCCCAGCUGUAUUCACCUGGGCUGGCCGAGCUACACGAACAACCUGUGGCACGACAACUCGUGCACUGUCGUCAUCAACGUCCUGUGUCAGAUCAAACUGACGUGA